CAUCAUAAUCUCAUCUCAACCCAUGGAGUUAAUGAGAAGCAUAAACGGCCCAGGUAGAUCAUUGCCCAGUGUACGAGGAACCCGUCCCAGGACUGGUAUGUUGUACAGAUGUAGUGCACGCAGGCCACGUGGAGUCCGCAUUGGAGACGCUAGUUCAGAUGAUGAAACGCAACCUCCAAGCCCUCCAUUGGAGACUCCUUGUGCGAACCCAUGUCUGGAGACAGAGGCAAACAGAGAACCCUCCCCGAGGGAACAACCAGAUCCUCUUCAAAGUAAUCAGAUCGGUAUAGUUGACAAUGAUAUACGAGGUGAGGAUGUCCCGCCUGUGCCUGUAUCCAACCAGGCACAUACGAGACGUGGUCGCGGGCCGGCGAAGUGUACUGAAUUUGAAAAAUUACGUAAGCAUGGAAAAGUGUUGUUGAAGAUAAAUAGUGGAGAAACAGCACCAUGUUGCGAGAAUGCAAACAUGUUUACAACACGUUUAAGCUGGAUCAUUAAACAUCACUGCAACAUGAGCUACCCAAGAUGGAGUGAUGUACCCCAAGAGCAUAAGGAUGAAUUAAUCGAUCGUGUUCGGGGUGAUUUUGAAUUGGAUUGGGACUUAGAGAACCAUCAAUUGGCUGUGACUAAACAGCUUCGUAAGCGCUUUAAUGCCUUCCACCACCAACUACAUCAGAUAUAUAUGUCAUAUGGCAGCCAUGACGAGGCAUUGGCGACUGGGACUAGUUUGGUCACCCCCCUAGUAUGGUUUAAGCUCUGUGAACGAUGGGGUAGCGAGGCCUUCCAGAAAAUAGCAAGUAAAAAUCGGGACAAUAGAAGGAUGCUGAAAAUUAACCACACAACUGGUCGCAAAUCCUUUGUGAGGAUGCUAGAACAAAAGCGUGCUGAAAAUGCAAAUUUGGUGGACUUCUACAAGGAAACCCACUGGUCCAAGAAGAAAGAUAAAUUUGUGACACCUGCUACCGAAGACAUUUAUAAGGAUAUGGUAGGAAAGCUGGAUAAUUUAGAACCAGACAAACGAACUGAUGAAGCAGCAGCGGGUGUAUUCAGAGAGGUACUUGGGCAUCGACCGGGUUAUGCAAGAGGACUGGGAGAGAUGGUGAUCCCCGAGUCUACACGAAAACACUCCUUGGCACGAGAGAAAGAGUAUAUAGCUUUGAUUGAAAAACAUAAGAAAGAGGCUGAAGCUUCCAAGAGUGAGAUGGCGUCAAUGAAGGCAAACAUGGAGGUUAUGAUGGAGAAACAAAAUGAAACCGAUCGUAUGUUGAGGGCCAUCUUAGCUGCGAACCCGUCCCUCAUUGAGUCUCUUCGAGAGACUCAGUGA